CACCACCACCCAGUCCACACGAGCACCGAUCAAAACUGAACAUGGCCCAAGUAGCCAGUGCGACCUCAGCAAACAACAACAACAACAGCAGCAGCACCAAUGACAAACCUUCCGCUGUCGUUGGCCGGCCCAUUGGUCGAUCACCGUUAAGACCCCCCGGUGAAGGCAACGUUCCAUUUUCCAAAAUGGUGUUUGAUGGCAAACGCAUGCGUAAAGCGAUCCAACGACGUACAGUUGAUUACAACCAUAGUUUGACUCGAUGGAUGCAGGAGCGUGUGUGGAUACGUGAUCGAAGAGACACACGAUUUCUACGUCCAGAUCCAAACUUUAUUGUCCAACUGAUGCCACCUGUUGCGUACCUUGACAACCCUAUCAAUGCUGUUACGACAAAGUUCGUUCAUACUUCAACAAAUAAAAUACGAUAUCCAGUGAAUGUUGUUCGGUGGACACCAGAAGGUCGACGUUUAAUAACAGGAUCCUCUAGUGGCGAAUUCACGCUAUGGAAUGGAUUGACAUUUAACUUUGAGACGAUUCUACAGGCACAUGACUCUGCAGUCCGUGCUAUGAAUUGGUCACACAACGAUAACUGGAUGGUGACAGGUGAUCACAGUGGCAUCGUGAAAUAUUGGCAAUCCAAUAUGAGCAACUUGAAGAUGUUUCAGGGACACAAGGAAGCAAUCCGGGAUUUGACAUUCGCUCCUUCAGAUACUCGAUUUGCUACUUGUUCAGAUGAUUCGUUGAUUAAAAUUUGGGAUUUUAACACCGGUGCUGAAGAAAAAGCAUUGUCUGGACAUGGUUGGGAUGUUAAAUGUGUGGAUUGGCACCCGUAUAAGGCUUUGUUAGCUUCAGGAAGUAAAGAUAAUCUUAUCAAACUAUGGGAUCCAAAAACGGCAAAAAAUAUCACCACACUCCAUGGUCAUAAAAACACGGUAUUAGCCCUUCAAUGGAAUCAAAACGGAAAUUGGUUGGUGUCUGCAGGACGAGAUCAGCUGGUGCGUGUAUACGAUGUUCGGGUGAUGAAGGAAUUGCAGAUAUUUAGAGGACACAAGCGUGAGGUUUGCUCUGCCAAGUGGCACCCACAUCACGAACGAUUGUUAGCAACAGGUGGAUCAGAUGGCGCGCUUAUGUUUUGGAUGACUGGACAAGACGGUCCUAUUGGCGAACAAGAAACAGCACACGAUUCAAAUGUAUGGUCGCUCGACUGGCAUCCUGUUGGACAUAUUCUGGUUUCCGGAUCCAACGAUCAUACUACGCGCUUCUGGACAAGACCACGGCCGGGUGAGACGUCUGUUGAUAAAUUUGACGCUAGUCAGCAUGCACAAGAAGAAGCGCGCGAAGAGGAAUCGGUCAAGUCAUUUGAGCCACCACCAUUCCGACCAAAUAAUGCACCGCCCAGUCGAGUUGAGCCACCACCCUUUAGACCGCUUAAUGCGCCCCGACCGCCUAGCAAUGCCAACGAAACCCCUCUAUUUCGACCGCCCAAUAUGCCAUUUCCACCACCACCAAUGCGUACAGGACAAUAUCAACAACAACAACCGCCACCAUUUGGUGCAAAUAUGCCACCGCCAGGUGCUCCACCACCAUUCAGACCGCCCCCACCGCCAAACAAUGGGAUGGAGCCACCUCCGUUUCGUCCUAUGCGUCGCCACGAUAAUAACGGGAACAUGAGUGAUCUUCCACCGCCUCCUCCACAUUUUCGACCACCACCACCCCCGCCUUUUCGAUCUGGCAACGGGCCUAUGCCGCCACCGCCACCGUUCCGACCACCUAAUGGUCCACCAGCACCCCCACCGCCAUUCCGUCGACACAACAACGAUCGUGGAGGAGGUCCUGGAGGGCCAAUGCAUGGACCACCCGGGGGAGGAAAGAACUAUCAGCACCAACAUCAUCAACCCUAUAAUCGUGGACAGCGACGAAACGACGGUCCGCGUAACAGACGGCAUCAUUAAGUCACCCUGUUUGUAUAUCCAUCAUCGCAUCACAAAGUACUGUUUGAUAAAAAUGUAACUUUUUAAAAGAAGAAUAUUACAAGAAUCUUGCUCCCAAAUAAUGGCAUGCCCACUGCUUGGUUGUUGGUUGAAUGAUGAUGGACGUCACUAUUCUCAUGGUACUCAUACACUAGUAAGAAGACAUAUACGCGUAAUGUAAGAACAACUGAAGUUGAAUCGUUAAUAAAUACAACAUAAAAGCAUUUUUAUCGUUUACUGUGACUCG